UGUUGUAGCCAGCGAACAGACGACCGCUGGGUAAACAACAGAGACGGGAAUGGCCACUUCGUUGGGGGAUAACGAAGAGACGGGUUUAUAUUUUGCUAUAGGAGCGCAAUAGAUACGUCGCGUUGCCUUUCCAAAUGUUCUAGGACUUGUUCGCGACUCUCCAUGGCCGAAUAUUCCAGCGUAGUUGAUGUCGAAAGUUAAGAUAGCUUCAACGUUAGCUUAGCUCGGGGCCCAUUGCCUUCGUCCGCUCUGCUCUCGCUCGGGACUGUUGUCAGUUUCACAAUCCGAGCCACUUUCGUCCUCGAUCCGCGGUUCGAUGGAGGCCUGUCUAGUUAACAACCUGCGCUAACAUGUAGCCCUAGCCGUCUCGACAUUUUCAACGGAAAUUCCCCGUGCCAUACUGGAUCACUGUUAGCGAGAGGAUGGUGACAUGUUGUGGAAAACCCAUUAAGAACAAGCUGUAGUGAGAUGCUGUGGCUCGACUUAUAGGACGUGGUGGAACAGUAUUGGAUGUUUGCAGUGUGAGGACUGACCCGUCACCAUGAAGAGUGAGGUGCCGUCGGGGCCCCCUACCAGACAGGAGCAUCUUAAGGAGCCUCUGGCAAAUCCAGAGACUAUGGAAGCAGCUAAGAGUUUUCCGGAGAACAUGGAGGUGAUCGGAAAGACGGGAGCUGAUUUUAAAAGCCUUUGCACUGAACCCAAGCAUCGCACCCUGAAGGAGACAGGGACACAAAAAGACAUAGAACGUGGUCUUUCUGCACGUAGGAAAAGAAAAGGUCCCGGAGCUGGACCGUCCGAUUGCUCAAUGAAGGAGGGGAAUAUAACCGAGAGUUCAGCUACACCUCAGCGACCUCGGGUAGAACUUUUACAGAACCCCAGCGAGGAAGAUCACAACCAUGAGUCGUCUUUUAGUGAGUGCGCUUCAUCCCCUUCCUCAAGUUUGAGAUUUGGGGACUCUGACACGCUCACCUCAGAGGAAGAAGAGGAAGCAGGAGCCACAGGGGGGCAACACAAGGGCUCAGCUCUCACCACCACAGCUAGUGGAGUCAGUUUGCGACCAGUUCUGGGUCGGCCCAGACGGAGUCGCUCACAUAAGUGGGUGCGCUCUGAAGCAGAGCCUGUGCUGCUGAAACGUCCAUGUUUGAACAACCGGCGGCCUCUGCAAAGGAAACGCUUUGUUAAAUCUGUUGCCGUAGGGGUUCAGCGGACUCCGAAGCAAAAGGAAAGACUACUGCUGCAGAGAAAGAAACGUGAAGUUAUCGCACGCAGGAAGUAUGCUCUACUGCACAGCACCAGUAGUUCCAGUGACGAGCUGAGCAGCGGGUCGUCCUCCACCUCAACUUCCGAAGCAGAAGAUGAGCUGUAUGUUGACGUGAGCAGCACCAGCAGCCAGCCCAGUGCUUCUGUGACUGCAGGUGCUUUGGAUGAAGACGUGGUGGUAAUUGAGGCGACUCCAGCGCCGGCGCCCGUUGUUCCUGCCAGCGAAGAAAUCAAUGUCACCUCAACUGACAGUGAGGUGGAGAUUGUCACGGUUGGAGAUGGUUUCAGGUCUCGCUCAGUAGGAGGGCUGGGCAGGCUGUGGCCCAGUAGUUGCUCCCAAAACCGUCUUCAGGAGUCACGUGGACGACACAGACUCUCUACUGUCAUCCAACCGCUGCGCCAGAAUCCAGGAGAGGUGGUCGAUCUCACUGUCGAUGAAGAUGACCUCAGUGUUGUGCCAACGACCUCCAGCAGCAUUCAUCCACAAACAGUCAGGUCCUCUUCGUCAUCAUCCUCCCAUCAUGCCUCUACCUCAGAGCUCAAUGAUGUCCCAGGACCCUCCACCAGUUGCUCAGGCUCACAACCAGAAAGUAUGCAUCCGCAGAGGGCAAGUGGUUCAACGCGCACCACCACCGAAGAUGACAGCAGACCAGGUUUGCCUGGAACACCAGGAGAGAGCUCGGGCACGGCCCUGCCCCGCCUUCCAUCCUGCUGUCAGCAGCACUCACCUUGUGGAAGACCCUCGCCUAGUCACUUGACCCUCGGCCACUCCCACUCAAACUGCAUGCAGGCCUCAUCCUCCCAGCAGACCAGCAACGCUCAACAUAGUCGCGGUCACAGCAGCGGCCGCCGCUUCCUUCACCAUAUCCAUCAGCCUGCCCCACAGCCACCGGGCACUCUGCCUUUUCAGGAGUCGGGUUGUGCAGUAGAGAGACCCAGCGCCCUCCCUGCGUCCUGCGCCGGUUUGGGCAGCAGCGGCAACAGUUCCCACUACCACGACCAGCAAACUCUGCCAGUCGACUUAAGCAGCAGUAGCAUUCGGAGCAGCGGAAGCAGCGGAGCUAGUUUCCAUGGCAGCACCUCUGCUUUUGAUCCGUGUUGCCCCGGCUCCACCUCGCGGCCUUCUCCUUUCGCCUCCCAGGCCACUCCCGGGACCAGCCAGACCGCUGCAGUGGACUCUUUCAGCUCCCCUCUAGUGGCCCAGCCGCAAACACAACCCCAGCAGCCCUGCAGACAUUACAUGCACCCCACUUACGGCACUCUAGCACGCUCCCUGCAUCAUCAGCCCUCUUCCGCCUGCCCCCACUCCCACGGGAACCCCCAACUGCCCCCUCAGCAGGGCGAUUACGUCAUCCCCCACGCAGUCCACUCCUUUCACCCUCCGCUGGCGUCCGACCCAGCAGGCCACGCGGUGCCCUCCGCUCCGCCACCUCCUCUGCCUGCCCACCACCCCACAAGCUCCAAUGCGCCCCUGGCUCAACACCUGCCUGGGGACCACCAGGCCCUGCCGCACCAUGUGCCAGCGCUGGGGGCGUCGGUUCAGAGGCUCCAUCAGCACGAGAUGAUGCAAAGGCUCGAGGUCCAAAGGCGCAGAAUGAUGCAGCAUCCUACGCGAGCGCACGAGCGUCCUCCCCCACAUCCUCAUAGAAUGCACCCGAAUUACGGCCAUGGCCACCACAUCCAUGUCCCCCAGACCAUGUCCUCCCACCCUCGGCCGCUGGAGCAGAGAACUGCAUGGGAGCUCGGCAUAGAGGCGGGCGUGACUGUGGCGCCGUACCCUUCAGGGCACCUGCACUCCCACCUGCCCCACUACCACCCUCCCCCAAGGCUGCACCACUUCCCCAUUACCUUCAUGACUGGCGUCUCAGAAGUGACCUACCCACACAUUCGGUACAUCUCGUCUAGAAUGACUGGCCUCGGAAGGACCUACGAGGACCUGCUGCAUUUAGAGGAGCGCCUGGGCACGGUGAACAGAGGAGCCUCUCAGGGAACCAUCGAGAGGUGCACUUACCCACACAAGUACAAGAAGAAGGUGUUGGAGAGAGACAUUGAUCAACAGUUAACCCCCGAAGCUUGGGCAUCUAUUGGGAAAAAUAUGCACGCAACCCCUGAAUCGAGAAAGCUUCAUGGGAAGCAGGAGGAAGACGAAGGGGCAGACGAAGACACCGAAGAGAAAUGCACCAUCUGCCUGUCGAUACUGGAGGAGGGGGAGGACGUCAGACGGCUGCCCUGUAUGCACCUCUUCCAUCAGCUGUGUGUGGACCAGUGGCUGCUGACCAACAAGAAGUGCCCCAUCUGCAGAGUGGACAUCGAGGCGCAGCUGACCGCCGAGAGUUGAUGCCGCGUGCUCUUUUUCUAACCAACCUUUUUCUUCGUUUUGAGAUUUAUUUUCCGAUCAUUAGUUUUCACUUCAGUACUGCAGUCAACCAAAGAUGGCAUGAAUUACCUGCGCAGCCUAAAAACAAAACAAAAAAAAAGGAAAAAACAAACCCUUCAUGGCGUCAAAAGAAGAAGAAGAAGCCCGGCGACGUCACCCGUUCUCCGUCCCGGGCCCAAGAUGUUGUGUAUUUAUGAAGCUUUUAUGUAGCUUUUGAUUGUUUCUCCUCAAGUGUCAUUCUUUCGUUCUCUGCAUGUUUCCUCACGACGCAUUUCUUUGCACACUGGACUCCUGGCUGCACCGGAGCCGCCCCGCUAGAGUUUGCGUAAACACUGAGGCCUCCGCCGCCGUCGCAGGGCUGGACACGCCGCCCGUCGUCUGGAGUGCUGGAGCUCCGCAGGCGGACGGUGACGUUCCUCCACAUUCCAGCUGCUGUAUCGGUGCACACUCACAGUAUUUGUUAGAAACCGUCUCCAUCCACCUACCUUCUGCAAAGGUAUUUCAGAGACCAUUCUAGACUGUUCCGUUCGGAGUCUGCCGACUCCAAACAUCAUGGGAUCGACUUUCAUUUGUUUGCAGAGGAAUAUUUGAGACUUAUUUGAGAUUAAUAUGAGUGUUGACCCCAAUCUUGAGACCCCCCCACCUCCUCCUCCUCUGCCCUCUCUGUAGUCGUUCAGCAGCAAUGGGUUUUUUUCUUUUCUUUCCACUGCCGUGGAAACACUAGAACUGUUGACUAACUCACCUGCAUAGACUUGCACAAGAGAGAAAUCGGAACAGCGAGCUGACGCGGCCAUUUCCACUCUGGUUAUUAAAAGAGGAAGGAAAAAAAAAAAGUCUCUGACGGAGUGAGGAAAUGCCGAACUUAAAGCAGGUAAACAAAUGUUCAUGUAACUCAUCAGGAUCAUAUUCUGUGGGAUUUAUAUUAGUUAUAAAUAAAUAAUAUUAAUAAACUUGGAUAACUCUUCAGUCUGGCCUCUUUUCUGUUGUGAAGCUGAGGUGGGUUUUCGCUGUGACUUGUGAAGAAGCUCUUCUGAGAAAGGUUCAUCAUUCAACGCCUGUUCACCCAAGCUCCAACAAAACCCAGUGUGCAGGGAAAAUAGCUAUUCACCUUUGUCCACCAGAAACAGCAGCAAGAUUCAAGCCUUAUAUUCUCUUUACGUCACUCAAAAUGCGGGUUUAUUUCUCACCUGUUAGAAGAACAUUGAGCUUUAACUCGCACACCUGCUUUUGCUCAGUACAAGCUCCGAGGUCAUGUUUCUCUUGACCUUUGACUCUAGAACAAUGGAGCAUUAUGAAGCGUGCUGCAUUAUCUGAGCUGAGCCAGAAGGCUCAAAUCAAUACCUCCUUUUUUGUGCAGAUUGGUUUCCGACUUGGAUUUUGGAGGAAAGAUCAGAGGUUUCCUGAAGAGCUAAGAGGCGGGGGACACAUGGACAGUGUGGAUGUGUUGGAGUGACAUGUAACGGGUCAAGAGGAUUCUGCCAUCGG